CUCCUCCCGAAGGCGGUGAGCGUGGGCUCCUGCAACUUCUUGCUCAGAGCUGUCAGCGCCUGUAACCUCCCGCUCUUGGGCUUCCCAGCUGGACUGACAGGACCUGGCUGUGACCCAAGCAGGGAGAUGUCUCCAGACCCUUUCUGCCUCUGAGAUGGGAGCAGUGAACUUUGUUCCAGUUUUUCCUGGCCCUCUCCCAAAUGGAGUCAGAAGCUCUCUUUUUGAAUUACUUGCAGCUUUCCCACUAAGCUUUGAAACCAUUAAUGGAAACUGAUGGCAAUGCUCUCGUUCCCUUGCGUCAGAAGACAAAAAAGAAAAGUCAAGGGUUCUUCAUAAUGAGCCGACGGAGAAUAUCGUGUAAAGAGCUGGGGCAAGCCGAUUGCCAAGGAUGGCUCUACAAAAAGAAAGAAAAAGGAGCUUUCAUUGGCAACAAAUGGAAAAAGUUCUGGUGUGUGCUGAAGGAGUCAUCGCUGUAUUGGUACAGCAGUCAGCUGGCUGAAAAAGCAGAAGGAUUCAUCAGACUUCCAGACUUCAGUGUGGACCGAGCAAUUGAAUGCAAAAAAAAACAUGCUAUUAAGAUCAGCCACCCACAGAUCAAGACAUUUUAUUUUGCAGCAGAAAAUGUUCUUGAAAUGAACACGUGGCUAAGUAAGCUGGGGAUGGCUGUAGACCCUCAGGCACCCAAUGGGAAGAAUGAGGAAGAAUGCUACAGUGAAAGUGAACAUGAUGAUCCAGAAAUAACAGACACACCACCUCCCCCCUACACAGUCCAGCUACCACCUCCUCCUCCGGAUCAGCAGAAGUCUUGUUUCACCUCGACUCUGUCAAGCGAAGCAUCUUGUUCUCUAUCCUCUCCUGAAAGCACAUUCAACUCCCAAGAGUCUUCAUCUUCCUUGACAUCCAAAGUGGUUUACUCUGAGAGGCAGUCCUGGCUUGACCUAGUUAACAGCUCUGCCACAGAAGAUGGUGAUCAGCCCUUAACUUUCUGCGUACAGAUUCACUCUGAUGAGCUGCCAGAAGUAGACUGUGGAGAAGUGGCAGAAAGCCAGGAGGUCCGGCUUUCCAAACCCGGUGGUGGAUCCCAAAACUCUUUUUUAGGUCCGGAUACACAUUGUCUAGCUGUGCCAGAUGUAACAGGACAGAGAUCACUAGCCAAAGAUCAGGAAAAAUGUGAUGACGAUGAGAUGGAGCGACUUUACAAGUCAUUAGAACAAGCAAGCUUGUCUCCCAUUGGUGAUCGUCGGCUGUCAACAAAGAAGGAGCUGAGGAAGUCAUUUAUCAAACGCAGCAAAAACCCCUCCAUUAAUGAGAAGCUUCACAAAAUUCGAAUGCUGAACAGCACAUUAAAGUGUAAGGAACAUGACCUGGCCACAAUUAACCAGUUGCUAGAGGACCCAAAGUUGACUGCAAUGAAGUACAGAGAGUGGAGAAACACAAACAUCAUGUUGGUCCAAGAUAUUUAUCAGCAGCAGGAGGUCCGGGAUGCGUCCACAGAGAAUAGUGAAGAGCAAGAGAUGACUCCACAGCCUAUCACCGAGAGUGCUAUCUGAGGCCACAGUUCAAUGGUUCAUAGCAAGAUUUUUCCCUACAGGUCUUCACAUACAGGCACUUUAAACUGCUGCAUUUUGAGGUUUGUUUUUUUCCAAGUGUUCUUCAAAAGGAAAAUAACCCCUUCUCCAAAGCUUUAAUUCCUCUUGCAAAAUUCAUUUCAUGUCAAAAGGGCAAAUUCCCCAAAUUAAAAAAGCUUGCCUGAACCUGGGCUGCAUACCUAAGAAGACUAUUUAUGAAGCAGCAAAGAGUUGUUUUUCCAUCUUUGGAGAAAUAAAUUAAAUAUGUCCAGCUCUUGGAAGCCACAGAACUGUAUAAUAUGUAUUGUAUAAAUGUGAGAUCCUUGGGGUUGUUUAACCAUGUGAUUUACUGAUAAAAGAAGCUAAAACAAUGCCAACAGAAUGUAGUCUACUCUACCUUUUUAGCCUAUAAGGUAACCUGCUGUAUGCAUUGUCAUCAUUACAUUCAUUCACUGCCACCAGUCUACCAGUUUAAACUGAGACAAAGAGAAUAGUAAUUAUGCAUGAGUUUAUACUACAGACAUCUGUCAGGCACCCAGUUUGUGCUCUGCCUGAUGUUUUAUGCUUUUCAAACUUAUUUAUGGACCAGACCAAGGUACUGUCUGUCUACAUAAAGAGGCCUCUCAAUGUUUGCUAACAUGUAAUUUACUCUUCCGUGAGGCAGCUAAUGCUUCAACAAGUUUCAGCUUUUCUGAUGGAUUUGCAGAAUUCCUUCAAGAUUGUUUUCUUCUUUUCUUAUUUCUGACAAUUGUGAAUAUAUAAGGUACAAGUUCAUCCCAGAUUCCUGCUUGGGAAGGUGAUCAAGUUCACAAUGCAGAAGCUAAAUAAUUAAAUUCCUGAUAUGGACCUGAAAGUGUAAAACAACUAGUUUUGUAAAUAUAUGUCAUUUUACGGCUUAUAUGAAUGUGACUAUGUAUUGUAUAUAUGUUUUAUUUAUAUAUUUAUAUACGCCAAAUUUCCUAAUGUAGAUAGGCACAUAUGGACCAGACCCGCCCAGAUGAGAAUGCUUACAGAUUGACUUGAAAUGUCUUUUUGUUUUUUGUUCCAUUAUAAAUCACAGUAAUGGCUCUACAACUGAGACUACACUGGGACAUCUGCUGUAAAUUUUUCUUCUGUCUUUGCAUUUUAGAUUAAGAAAAUCUGUACAAUUUAGGGCAGGAUAGUAAGUUUUCUAGGAUGUUUCAGGAUUUCACUUUGGGCAAAUAAAAGUAAAUAUGUUAA